GUCAAGGUCACAGAAAAAAUGGAAAAUGAAGCUGUCAAAAUUGAAGAAACUCUGCGCGUGAAAAUAGGUGAAGCGAAAGAUUUACAGUUCAGUCCCACUGGCAAAGAGACUUACUGCAAGUUGGACCUUGGACAUCGAGUGUCGCACAAGACCUGUACCAUAGAUAGGCAUUGCAACCCAUUCUACAAUGAGGACAUACAUUGUGAUGUCACAGACAAGCUGCGCUUUGUCUCGUUUAUUGUGUUUGAAAGAACCCAAAAGGUGGAUAGGGUAAUUGGGAAGGCAUCUCUUAGGAAAG